CCGCCGCCGCCGCCGCCGCCUACACCGCCAACGCCAACGGGGCUUUCCCGCUUGCUCCCGAUGGAGUUUGAGGCCGUGGAGCCGCAGCCGAGCUGUGCCCCGGGGAAAGGAGGCGCCUUCGUCGCCGACCCCCGUCACCGCCGUCGCCCCGGGGCUCCCCGGAGCGGUCCGUAGCGACCCCGCCCGGGCCCUCAGCUAACAUAACACUACACAGUGAAAUAAUGGUCUGCUAGACAGCUAAACAAGCAUCCAGUUUCCACAAUGCCUGUGCAAGCUGCUCAGUGGACAGAAUUCCUGUCCUGUCCAAUCUGUUAUAAUGAAUUUGAUGAGAAUGUGCACAAGCCCAUCAGUUUAGGUUGUUCACACACCGUUUGCAAGACCUGUUUAAAUAAACUUCACCGAAAAGCAUGCCCUUUUGACCAGACUGCCAUCAACACAGAUAUUGAUGUGCUUCCUGUAAACUUUGCACUUCUCCAGUUAGUUGGAGCCCAGGUACCAGAUCAUCAAACAGUAAAAUUAAGUAAUCUAGGAGAGAAUAAGCACUAUGAGGUUGCAAAGAAAUGUGUUGAGGAUUUGGCACUCUACUUAAAACCACUAAGUGGAGGGAAGGGUGUUGCUAGUUUGAAUCAGAGUGCACUGAGCCGUCCAAUGCAAAGGAAACUGGUGACUCUUGUAAAUUGUCAGCUUGUGGAAGAAGAAGGUCGUGUAAGAGCUAUGCGAGCAGCUCGAUCACUUGGGGAAAGAACUGUAACUGAAUUGAUUUUACAACACCAGAACCCUCAACAAUUAUCUGCCAAUCUAUGGGCUGCCGUCAGGGCUCGGGGAUGCCAGUUCUUAGGACCAGCUAUGCAAGAAGAGGCCUUAAAGUUGGUAUUACUGGCCCUGGAAGAUGGUUCUGCUCUUUCAAGGAAAGUUUUGGUACUUUUUGUUGUCCAAAGACUGGAACCAAGAUUUCCUCAGGCAUCAAAAACAAGUAUUGGCCAUGUUGUGCAGCUACUGUAUCGUGCUUCUUGUUUUAAGGUCACCAAAAGGGAUGAAGAUUCUUCUCUGAUGCAGCUAAAGGAAGAAUUUAGAAGUUAUGAGGCUUUGAGGAGGGAGCAUGAUGCCCAGAUAGUUCAUAUUGCUAUGGAAGCAGGGCUUCGUAUAUCACCAGAACAGUGGUCUUCACUUCUCUAUGGUGAUUUGGCACAUAAAUCACAUAUGCAGUCCAUCAUUGAUAAGCUUCAGUCUCCAGAAUCCUUUGCAAAGAGUGUCCAGGAGUUGACAAUUGUUUUGCAGCGUACAGGUGAUCCAGCAAACCUAAAUCGAUUGAGACCUCAUUUGGAACUUCUUGCAAACAUAGAUCCUAAUCCAGAUGCUGUCUCACCAACUUGGGAGCAAUUAGAAAAUGCAAUGGUUGCUGUAAAGACUGUGGUGCAUGGACUUGUGGACUUUAUUCAGAACUAUAGUCGUAAAGGCCAUGAAACACCACAGCCGCAGCCAAAUAGCAAAUAUAAAACUAGUAUGUGCCGAGAUCUACGACAGCAGGGGGGGUGUCCACGAGGAACAAAUUGUACAUUUGCUCAUUCUCAGGAAGAGCUUGAAAAAGAUAUAAUUUUUCCUCUGAGGACUGCUUUAGCUGCACCCCCCAAAUUUUGGUAUCGUUUAAGGAACAAAAAGAUCACAGCAACUGUACGAACAUUUCCUCUCCUAAAUAAAGUUGGCGUAAACAACACUGUCACAACUACAGCUGGAAAUGUCAUUUCUGUCAUAGGAAGUACUGAAACAACUGGGAAACUUGUUCCAAGUACUAAUGGGAUUUCAAGUACAGAAAAUAGUGUUUCCCAGUUAAUCCCCCGUGGUGCUGACACCACAUUACGAGCUUUGGAGAAUGUGAAGAAAGUAGGGAAGGUUGGCUCCAGUGGUCAGAAUAUUUCUGGGGCUUCUGCAGAAUCUGUAACUGAAAAUAAAAUUGGCUCUCCACCCAAGACUCCUGUAAGUAACGUAGCAGCUACCUCAGCUGGGCCCCCUACUGUUGGAACAGAGCUGAAUUCAGUGCCUCCGAAAUCCAGCUCAUUUGUAACUAGAGUACCUGUAUAUCCUCAGCCUUCUGAAAGCAUACAGUAUUUUCCAGAUCCAAGGACCCAGAUAUCCUUUGAAGUUCCACAGUACCCACAGACAGGAUACUACCCACCACCUCCAACGGUACCAGCUGGUGUGGCUCCCUGUGUUCCUCGUUUUGUGAGGUCCAAUAAUGUUCCAGAAUCUUCCCUCCCACCUGCUUCUGUGCCAUAUGCUGAUCAUUACAGUACAUUUCCCCCUCGAGAUCGAGUGAAUUCCUCUCCUUACCAGCCUCCUCCUCCGCAGCCGUAUGGACCAGUUCCCCCAGUACCUUCCGGAAUGUAUGCUCCUGUAUAUGACAGUCGGCGCAUCUGGCGUCCACCAAUGUACCAACGAGAUGACAUUAUUAGGAGCAAUUCUUUACCUCCAAUGGAUGUGAUGCAUUCAUCUGUCUAUCAAACAUCUUUGCGAGAAAGAUAUAGUAAUUCUUUAGAUGGAUAUUAUCCAAUGGCAUGUCAGCCACCUAGUGAACCAAGAACAAGUGUACCUUUACCGAGGGAACCUUGUGGUCAUUUGAAGACUAGUUAUGAGGAUCAGUUAAGACGAAAACCAGAACAGUGGGCGCAGUAUCAUACCCAGAAAGCACCCCUUGUUUCUUCAACUCUUCCUAUGGCAACACAGUCACCGACACCACCUUCUCCUCUGUUCAGUGUAGACUUUCGUACUGAGUUCUCCGAGAACGUAAGUGAUGUACGUGGUACAAAAUUUGAGGAAGAUCAUCUUUCCCAUUAUUCACCUUGGUCCUGUGGCACCAUAGGCUCUUGUAUAAAUGCCAUUGAUUCAGAGCCCAAAGAUGUAAUUGCUAAUUCAAAUGCUGUAUUAAUGGAUUUGGACAGUGGAGAUGUUAAAAGAAGAGUACAUUUAUUUGAAACUCAAAGAAGGGUUAAAGAAGAAGAUCCUAUAAUUCCUUUUAGUGAUGGACCCAUUAUCUCAAAAUGGGGUGCAAUUUCCAGAUCUUCCCGAACAGGUUAUCAUACCACAGAUCCUAUACAGGCUACUGCUUCCCAAGGAAGUGCUACUAAACCUAUCAGUGUAUCAGAUUAUGUCCCUUAUGUCAAUGCUGUUGAUUCAAGGUGGAGUUCAUAUGGCUCUGAUUCUACUACUUCAGCACACUAUAUAGAACGGGAUAGAUUUAUUGUUACUGAUUUAUCCAGUCAUAGAAAGCAUUCCAGUACUGGAGAUCUUCUAAGCAUUGAACUUCAGCAGGCAAAGAGCAACUCAUUGUUGCUUCAGAGGGAGGCCAAUGCAUUAGCCAUGCAACAGAAAUGGAAUUCCUUAGAUGAAGCCAGUCACCUUACCUUAAAUCUCCUAAGCAAGGAAAUGGAAUUGAGAAAUGGAGAGAGUGAUUAUACUGAAGAUACAGCAGAUACUAAGCCUGAUAGAGAUAUUGAAUUAGAACUUUCAGCACUUGACACUGAUGAACCUGAUGGACAAAGUGAACAAAUAGAAGAAAUUCUGGACAUACAACUUGGUAUCACUUCUCAAAAUGAUCAGCUGCUGAAUGGAACUACAAUAGAAAAUGGCCACCCACUAAAACAACACCCAAAGGAACCUGUGGAGCCCAAGAGGCAAAGUUUAGGUGAAGACCAUGUGAUUCUGGAGGAACAAAAAGCAGUCCUGCCGGUAACUUCUUGCUUCAGCCAGCCAAUCCCAGCAUCUAUUAGCAAUGCAAGUUGCCUGCCCGUCACUACAUCUGUCAGUGUCAGCAAUCUCAUCUUGAAAACGGCUCAUAUUAUGUCUGAAGAUAAAAAUGACUUUUUAAAGCCUGUUGCAAAUGGGAAGAUGGUUAACAGCUGAAAUGAGGUCCAUCUUUGAAAUUUGUGACCACACAAUGGAAGCAUUUACACUAGCUUUUUAUAUAUAUAUAUAUAAUAUAUAUAUUAUAUAAUGUAUAUUUUUUUUAAAAAAAAAUAAUACUGGGGGCAUCCAUUUCCUGUGGACUCUUUGAUACUUUGAGCCCUCUUACAUUAGCAUUCUGAAAAAAAAAUAAGAAUUUACUUUAUUAGGGUAACAAGUUCACUUUCCAGAAAUGAUUGGAAUUUGGACAACAUUUUACUUAAGCUUAAAGCAGCUUUUUAUGAGUUUGUAGCAAUCCGGUGCAGUAACUGAGCCAUUCCUCUUUUAAAUGGCUUCUAUAAAAAAAAAAUUAACAACUCAGUUAUUAAACUAGCAGGAUCCUACAAUGAUACAUCUAGUGAAAGUCAACGUAACUAACUUAUUUGUUUCUUUUUUGUUUCACUGAGGGAGAAUUUUCCAUCUUCUUGCUGCAGCUGCUUUAUUUAUCUUUUGUUAUGGAACUUUGCAUGGAAUUUUUUUUUUUUAAUUUUCCCUUCUGAAGAGUGAAGG